AUGGAUAUAAUUAUGGGUUGCUCUGUGGGCACACGGCCUCCUCCUCCUUGCUUCAUUGUCCUGCUUCUCAAGCUUUUUGCCACUGUCUCCCAUGGGUUGCCAAGGACAGGGCCUCUGGGCUUCCACUUCACACAUUCCAUUUAUAAUGCUACUGUGUAUGAAAACUCGGCAGCAAGGACCUACAUCAAUAGCCAGAGUAGAAUGGGCAUCACUUUGAUAGAUCUGUCCUGGGAUAUCAAAUACAGAAUAGUAUCUGGAGAUGAAGAAGGCUUUUUCAAAGCAGAGGAAGUCAUCAUUGCAGAUUUUUGUUUCCUCCGAAUAAGAACUAAAGGUGGUAAUUCUGCCAUCUUGAAUAGGGAAAUACAAGACAGCUAUUUAUUGAUAGUUAAAGGUUCUGUCAGAGGAGAAGAUUUAGAAGCAUGGACCAAAGUAAAUAUACAGGUUUUGGAUAUGAACGACCUGAGACCUUUGUUUUCACCCACAACAUACUCUGUUACCAUCGCAGAAAGCACACCUUUAAGGACUAGUGUUGCCCAAGUGACAGCAACAGAUGCGGACAUUGGUUCCAAUGGAGAAUUCUACUACUACUUUAAAAACAAAGUUGAUCUUUUUUCAGUUCACCCCACGAGUGGUGUUAUCUCUUUAAGUGGACGCUUGAAUUAUGAUGAAAAGAAUAGGUAUGAUCUGGAAAUUUUGGCUGUGGACCGAGGGAUGAAACUCUAUGGAAACAACGGAGUGAGCAGUACUGCAAAGCUUUAUGUUCACAUUGAACGGAUAAAUGAACAUGCCCCGACGAUCCACGUAGUCACUCAUGUUCCCUUCUCAUUGGAUAAAGAGCCAACAUAUGCUAUCGUGACUGUUGAUGAUCUAGAUGAGGGGGCCAAUGGAGAAAUUGAAUCUGUUUCCAUUGUGGCUGGGGAUCCUCUAGAUCAAUUUCUCCUGGCAAAGGAAGGAAAGUGGCUGAACGAGUACAGGAUUAAGGAGAGAAAGCAGGUUGACUGGCAGAGCUUUCCCUAUGGCUAUAAUCUCACUCUACAAGCAAAAGAUAAGGGGUCACCUCAGAAGUUUUCAGCAGUAAAGGUGGUCCACAUUGCCAACCCUCAAAGAGACAGUAUCCCAGUAAGAUUUGAAAAAGAAGUGUACGAUGUGAGCAUUAGUGAAUUUUCCCCUCCUGGUGUAGUGGUUGCCAUUGUAAAAUUAAAUCCUGAACCGCUAGAUGUGGAAUACAAAUUGUCUCCUGGUCAGGAUGCAGAGUACUUUAAUAUUAAUCCUCGGUCUGGUCUGAUUGUCACAGCACAGCCACUGAAAACCAUUAAGAAGGAGGUUUAUAAACUGGGGGUGACGAAUAAAGAAGGAGAUUUAAAAGCACAAGUCACCAUCGGCAUAGAGGACGCAAACGACCACACUCCAGAAUUCCAGCAGCCAUUGUAUGAUGCUUUCGUGAAUGAAAGUGUUCCUGUUGGAACAAGCGUUCUGACAGUUGCUGCUUCUGAUAAAGAUAAAGGAGAAAAUGGAUACAUCACCUAUAGUAUUGCCAGCCUGAAUAUGCUACCAUUUGCCAUUAACCAGUUUACAGGUGUUAUUAGCACAACUGAAGAAUUGGACUUUGAAUCCUCUCCAGAAAAUUACAGGUUUAUUGUAAGGGCUUCUGACUGGGGUUCGCCAUACCGCCAUGAAAGUGAGGUAAAUGUGAGUAUUCGGAUAGGAAAUGUCAAUGACAAUAGUCCUCUUUUUGAAAAAGUUGCUUGCCAAGGAGUUAUUUCAUAUGACUUUCCAGUUGGGGGUCACAUCACAGCUGUCUCAGCAAUUGAUAUAGAUGAACUUGCACUUGUAAAGUACAAAAUCAUCUCUGGAAAUGAACUUGGCUUCUUUUAUUUAAACCCAGACUCUGGUGUUUUACAGCUUAAAAAGUCACUUAUGACUUCCGGCAUUAAAAAUGGAAAUUUUGGCCUCAGGAUCACAGCAACUGAUGGAGAGAAUUUUGCAGACCCCAUGUCUGUGAACAUUUCAGUCCUACAUGGGAAGGUGUCUUCAAAGAGCUUCAGUUGCAGAGAAACUCGUGUGGCUCAAAAGCUGGCAGAGAAACUGCUCAUUAAGGCAAAAGCGAAUGGGAAACUCAAUCUGGAAGAUGGAUUUCUUGACUUUUAUUCAAUUAAUAGGCAAGGACCACACUUCGACAAGUCUUUUCCUUCUGAUGUGGCUGUGAAGGAAGAUCUACCAGUUGGUGCUAACAUCCUGAAGAUUAAAGCCUAUGAUGCUGACUCUGGCUUUAAUGGGAAGGUGCUAUUUACAAUAUCGGAUGGAAAUACAGACAGUUGCUUUAAUAUUGAUAUGGAGUCUGGGCAACUUAAGGUCCUUAUGCCUAUGGAUCGAGAGCAAACAGACCUCUAUCUCCUUAAUAUUACCAUCUAUGACUUAGGUAAUCCACAAAAGUCUUCAUGGAGGUUGUUGACCAUCAAUGUGGAGGAUGCCAAUGACAAUAAUCCAAUUUUUCUUCAAGACAGUUACUCAGUUAACAUCCUUGAAAGUUCAAGUAUCGGUACUGAGAUUAUUCAAGUGGAAGCCAGAGACAAAGACUUGGGUUCCAAUGGUGAAGUGACUUAUUCAGUCUUGACAGAUACACAGCAGUUUGGCAUCAAUAGCUCAACUGGAAUUGUUUAUGUAGCUGACCAACUGGACCGGGAAUCUAAAUCGAACUACUCUUUAAAAAUAGAAGCCAGGGACAAGUCUGAAAGUGGUCAACAACUGUUCUCCGUUGUCAUUCUUAAGGUGUUUUUGGAUGAUGUCAAUGACUGCUCUCCCGCUUUCAUUCCCAGUAGCUAUAGUGUGAAGGUUCUUGAAGAUCUCCCCAUUGGCACCGUCAUUGCUUGGCUGGAGACCCAUGAUCCAGAUCUUGGAUUGGGAGGUCAGGUGCGCUACUCCUUGGUCAAUGAUUAUAAUGGGAGAUUUGAGAUUGAUAAAGCAAGUGGUGCCAUACGCCUGAGUAAAGAACUUGACUAUGAAAAGCAGCAGUUCUAUAACCUAACGGUUCGAGCCAAGGACAAAGGGCGACCUGUCUCUCUCUCAUCUGUUUCCUUCGUUGAGGUGGAAGUGGUGGAUGUUAAUGAAAACCUCCAUACCCCAUACUUCCCUGACUUCGCUGUUGUUGGAUCUGUAAAAGAAAACUCACGCAUUGGAACAAGUGUGCUGCAGGUGACUGCUCAAGAUGAAGACUCUGGGAGGGAUGGAGAGAUCCAGUACUCCAUCAGGGAUGGCAGUGGUCUUGGAAGGUUUAAUAUAGAUGACGAGAGCGGGGUCAUCACUACUGCAGACAUUCUUGAUCGAGAGACAAUGGGCUCAUACUGGCUGACAGUGUAUGCCACAGACCGGGGUGUAGUUCCACUCUAUUCCACUAUUGAGGUCUUCAUUGAAAUUGAAGAUGUAAAUGACAAUGCCCCACUGACUUCAGAACCUAUUUAUUAUCCUGUUGUGGUGGAAAACUCUCCAAAGGAUGUAUCUGUCAUUCAGAUCCAAGCUGAGGACCCUGACUCCAGCUCCAAUGAAAAACUGACAUACAGGAUUACAAGUGGAAACCCUCAGAAUUUUUUUGCCAUCAAUAUCAAAACUGGUCUGAUUACAACAACUUCAAGGAAAUUGGAUCGAGAACAGCAGGCAGAACAUUUUCUGGAGGUAACUGUGACAGAUGGCGGCUCCUCCCCCAAACAGUCAACAAUUUGGGUGGUGGUUCAGGUGCUGGAUGAAAAUGACAACAAGCCCCAGUUCCCAGAAAAAGUCUACCAGAUCAAGCUGCCAGAACGUGACCGGAAAAAGAGGGGAGAACCCAUUUAUAGGGCUUUUGCCUUUGACAGAGAUGAAGGCCCCAACGCAGAAAUCUCCUACAGCAUCGUGGAUGGGAACGAUGAUGGAAAGUUCUUUAUUGACCCUAAAACUGGCAUGGUUUCUUCCAGAAAGCAAUUUACAGCAGGGAGUUAUGACAUCUUAACGAUAAAAGCGGUGGACAAUGGGCGCCCACAGAAAUCCUCCACGGCCCGCCUCCACAUUGAAUGGAUUAAGAAACCACCCCCUUCACCUAUACCGCUGACCUUCGAUGAACCGUUUUAUAACUUCACAGUCAUGGAAAGCGAUAGAGUAACAGAGAUUGUAGGGGUGGUAUCUGUGCAGCCAGCUAACACCCCUCUGUGGUUUGACAUAGUUGGGGGGAAUUUUGACAGCUCUUUUGACGCAGAGAAGGGUGUCGGGACAAUUGUCAUCGCAAAACCUUUGGACGCAGAACAGAGGUCCAUCUACAAUAUGAGUGUGGAAGUCACUGAUGGGACAAAUGUUGCUGUCACUCAGGUAUUUAUCAAAGUGCUGGAUAAUAAUGAUAAUGGCCCAGAAUUCUCUCAGCCAAAUUACGAUGUGACAAUUUCCGAGGACGUGCUUCCAGACACAGAGAUAUUGCAAAUUGAAGCCACAGAUAGAGACGAGAAGCACAAACUGAGCUAUACUGUCCACAGCAGCAUUGACUCCAUCAGCAUGAGAAAAUUCCGGAUCGACCCAAGCACUGGCGUCCUCUAUACUGCCGAGAGACUGGACCAUGAGGCCCAAGACAAGCAUAUUCUCAACAUAAUGGUCAGAGAUCAAGAGUUUCCUUACCGAAGAAACUUGGCCCGGGUCAUUGUGAAUGUGGAAGAUGCCAAUGAUCACAGCCCUUAUUUUACCAAUCCACUGUAUGAAGCAUCUGUGUUUGAAUCGGCUGCCUUGGGAUCAGCUGUUCUGCAAGUGACUGCACUGGAUAAAGACAAAGGGGAAAAUGCAGAACUCAUAUAUACCAUAGAAGCAGGGAAUACUGGAAACUCAUUUAAGAUCGAACCAGUCCUGGGUAUCAUCACUGUUUCCAAAGAACCAGACAUGACAACAAUGAGUCAGUUUGUCCUAUCAGUCAAAGUCACGGAUCAGGGGUCCCCACCGAUGUCUGCCACUGCCAUUGUGCGCAUUUCUGUCACUAUGUCUGAUAAUUCUCACCCCAAGUUCACACACAAAGACUACCAAGCAGAAGUAAAUGAAAAUGUGGAUAUUGGAACAUCAGUAAUUCUCAUCUCUGCCAUCAGCCAAUCUACCCUCAUUUAUGAAGUCAAAGAUGGAAACAUCGAUGGUAUAUUUAUCAUAAAUCCAUACUCUGGAGUCAUCACUACUCGGAAAGCAUUGGACUAUGAACGCACUUCCUCUUAUCAGCUCAUCAUUCAGGCCACUAAUAUGGCAGGGAUGGCUUCCAAUGCUACUAUCAGUAUUCAGGUUGUUGAUGAAAAUGAUAAUGCCCCAGUGUUUCUCUUUUCUCAGUACUCAGGCAGCCUAAGUGAGGCUGCCCCAAUCAACAGUGUUGUCAGAAGUGCAGAGAACAGCCCACUGGUGAUCCGAGCCACUGAUGCUGACAGCAACCGGAAUGCUCUACUGGUGUACCAGAUCGUGGAGUCCACAGCCAAGAAGUUCUUCACUGUCGACUCCAGUACAGGAGCAAUCAGAACAAUUGCCAAUCUGGACCAUGAAACCAUUGCCCAUUUCCAUUUUCAUGUGCAUGUGAGAGACAGUGGUAGUCCCCAACUGACUGCGGAGAGUCCCGUUGAAGUCAACAUUGAGGUGACAGAUGUGAAUGAUAACCCACCGGUGUUCACACAGGCUGUGUUUGAAACUAUCUUACUUCUACCUACUUAUGUCGGAGUAGAAGUGCUGAAAGUUAGUGCCACAGACCCCGACUCGGAGGUGCCCCCUGAACUGGUAUAUAGCCUCAAGGAAGGCACCUUGGAGAAUUUUUUAAUUGAUUCAAACAGUGGUGUGCUCACCAUCAAAAACAGCAACCUCUCCAAAGAUCACUACAUGUUGAUAGUUACAGUGUCUGAUGGAAAGUUCCAUAGUACAGCCAUGAUCACCAUCAUGGUUAAAGAAGCCAUGGACAGUGGCCUCCACUUUACACAAAGCGUUUACUCCACUUCAAUCUCAGAGAACAGUACUAACGUAACCAAAGUUGCUAUUGUCAAUGCAGUUGGAAAUCGCCUUAAUGAGCCCUUAAAAUAUAGUAUCUUAAACCCAGGAAAUAAAUUCAAGAUCAAAUCUACCUCAGGGGUCAUUCAGACCACCGGAGUCCCCUUUGACCGUGAAGAACAAGAAUUAUAUGAACUGGUGGUAGAAGCCAGUCGUGAACUAGACCAUCUGCGAGUGGCUAGGGUGGUGGUCAGGGUUAACAUUGAAGAUAUAAAUGACAAUUCUCCAGUCUUUGUGGGGCUCCCUUACUAUGCUGCUGUGCAAGUUGAUGCUGAGCCUGGGACUCUGAUAUAUCAGGUGACAGCCAUUGACAAAGAUAAAGGUGCCAAUGGGGAAGUGACCUAUGUUUUACAGGAUGACUAUGGCCACUUUGAAAUUAAUCCGAAUUCAGGGAAUGUUAUUUUAAAAGAAGCAUUCAACUCUGAUUUGUCUAACAUUGAGUAUGGAGUCACCAUCCUCGCCAAAGACAGUGGAAAGCCCUCUUUGUCUGCAUCUGUGGACCUUCCUAUUACUAUUGUCAACAAAGCAAUGCCUGUGUUUGAUAAGCCCUUUUAUACAGCAUCCAUAAAUGAAGACAUCAGAAUGGACACCCCCAUUCUAAGCAUCAAUGCCACCAGUCCAGAGGGCCAAGGGAUUAUAUAUAUCAUUAUUGAUGGGGAUCCUUAUAAACAGUUUAACAUUGACUUUGACACUGGGGUCCUGAAAGUUGUUAGCCCUUUGGAUUAUGAAAUGGUAUCUGUCUACAAGUUGACAGUAAGAGCCAGUGAUGCGCUUACUGGUGCCAGGGCUGAAGUCACAGUUGACUUGCUGGUUAAUGAUGUAAAUGACAACCCUCCUAUUUUUGAUCAACCCACAUACAAUACAACAUUAUCAGAGGCAUCUCUCAUUGGAACACCCGUUUUGCAAGUUGUCUCUACUGACGCAGAUUCCGAAAAUAAUAAAAUGGUCUAUUAUCAAAUUGUUCAGGAUACUUACAACAGCACAGAUUAUUUUCACGUAGACAGCGCAAGUGGCUUAAUCCUGACAGCUCGUAUGCUGGACCAUGAGUUAGUACAACACUGCACUUUGAAAGUCAGAGCAACAGAUAGUGGCUUCCCAUCACUGAGCAGUGAGGUCCUGGUUCAUAUCUAUAUCUCAGACAUAAAUGACAACCCUCCUGUUUUUAAUCAGCUCAUUUAUGAGUCAUAUGUGAGUGAAUUAGCACCCCGGGGCCACUUUGUGACCUGUGUUCAAGCCUCUGAUGCAGACAGCUCUGAUUUUGACCGGUUGGAAUACAGCAUCUUAUCUGGAAAUGACCGGACGAGCUUCCUAAUGGACAGCAAGAGUGGAGUCAUCACGCUGUCCAACCACCGGAAGCAGCGGAUGGAGCCUCUGUACAGUCUGAACGUGUCCGUCUCUGAUGGCCUAUUCACCAGCACCGCACAGGUGCAUAUCAGGGUCCUUGGAGCUAAUUUGUACAGCCCUGCCUUUUCACAAAGCACGUACGUAGCUGAGGUGCGAGAGAAUGCAGCUGUAGGGACAAAGGUAAUUCAUGUUCGAGCCACAGAUGGGGAUCCAGGAACAUAUGGACAGAUCAGCUACACCAUCAUCAAUGACUUUGCCAAGGACCGAUUCCUCAUAGACAGUAAUGGACAGGUUAUAACAACAGAAAAGCUAGACAGGGAAAAUCCUUUGGAAGGAGACAUUAGUAUUUUUUUGAGGGCCCUUGAUGGUGGAGGAAGAACAACCUUCUGUACUGUGAGGGUCAUUGUGGUGGAUGAAAAUGACAAUGCUCCCCAGUUCAUGACUGUGGAAUAUAGAGCCAGUGUCAGGGCAGAUGUUGGAAGAGGCCACCUAGUCACUCAGGUCCAAGCAAUGGAUCCUGAUGAUGGAGCCAAUUCGAGAAUUACUUAUUCCCUGUAUAGCGAGGCCUCCGUCUCAGUGGCUGACCUCCUGGAAAUUGAUCCUGACAAUGGCUGGAUGGUCACAAAAGGGAAUUUUAAUCAGCUGAGAAAUACAGUGCUGUCAUUCUUCGUCAAGGCAGUGGAUGGGGGCAUUCCAGUAAAGCACUCCCUUAUUCCUGUCUAUAUCCAUGUACUGCCCCCUGAAACAUUCUUGCCUUCAUUCACCCAGUCUCAAUAUUCCUUUGCUGUUGCAGAAGAUACUGCCAUUGGGAGCACAGUGGACACUUUGAGGAUUUUGCCCAGUCAGAAUGUCCAGUUUAGCACAGUUAAUGGGGAACGGCCAGAAAACAACAAAGGGAGUGUUUUCAUCAUAGAACAGGAGACGGGCACUAUCAAGCUUGACAAGCGCCUUGACCACGAAAGUAGCCCUGCUUUCCACUUUAAAGUAGCAGCCACUAUACCACUGGACAAUGUAGACAUUGUGUUUACUGUGGAUGUAGAUAUCAAGGUACUGGAUUUGAAUGACAACAAGCCAGUUUUUGAAACAUCAAGCUAUGAUACAAUCAUAAUGGAAGGGAUGCCUGUGGGCACCAAACUCACGCAAGUGAGAGCUCUGGAUAUGGAUUGGGGAGCCAAUGGGCAGGUCACUUACUCCCUCCACUCGGAUUCUCAGCCUGAGAAGGUAAUGGAAGCGUUCAAUAUCGACAGCAACACAGGCUGGAUCAGCACCUUGAAGGACCUGGAUCAUGAGACAGAUUCCACAUUCACCUUCUCCGUGGUGGCCUCUGACCUUGGAGAAGCCUUCUGUCUUUCUUCCACAGCUUUGGUGUCAGUUAGGGUGACAGAUAUAAAUGAUAAUGCACCAGUCUUUGCCCAUGAGGUGUACCGAGGGAAUGUGAAGGAGAGUGAUCCGCCAGGUGAAGUAGUAGCCGUUCUUAGCACAUGGGACAGAGACACUUCUGACAUUAAUCGCCAAGUGAGCUACCAUAUUACAGGAGGGAACCCCCGAGGAAGGUUUGCCCUGGGCCUGGUGCAGAAUGAGUGGAAGGUCUAUGUGAAGAGACCUCUAGACAGAGAAGAGCAAGACAUUUACUUCCUCAAUAUCACUGCCACUGAUGGGCUGUUUGUAACACAGGCUGUGGUGGAGGUGACUGUCAGUGAUGUAAAUGACAAUAGCCCAGUCUGUGAUCAGGUUGCAUAUACGGCAUUGUUUCCUGAAGACAUUCCAUCAAAUAAACUUAUCCUGAAAGUUGGUGCCCAGGAUGCUGAUAUUGGAUCAAAUGGAGAUAUACGAUAUUCACUCUAUGGAUCAGGAAACAAUGAAUUUUUUCUAGAUCCAGAAAGUGGUGAGUUAAAAACAUUGGCUCUGCUGGACCGGGAGCGGGUCCCUGAGUACAGCUUGAUUGCCAGGGCCACGGAUGGCGGUGGCCGGUUCUGCCAAUCCAGCAUCCAUCUGAUCCUGGAGGAUGUGAACGAUAACCCUCCUGUAUUUUCUUCAGACCACUAUAACGCCUGUGUGUAUGAGAAUACUGCCACCAAGGCUCUGUUAACCAGAGUUCAAGCUGUGGAUCCCGACAUCGGCAUCAACAGGAAGGUAGUGUACUCCCUGGCAGACUCAGCCGGUGGGUUCUUCUCCAUUGAUGGUUCAUCUGGCAUCAUUAUCCUGGAGCAGUCACUGGACCGGGAGCAGCAGUCUUCCUACAACAUCAGUGUGCGAGCCACUGACCAGAGCCCCGGGCAAGCCCUGUCCUCUCUGGCCACCAUCACCAUCACCGUCUUGGACAUUAACGACAACCCCCCUGUGUUUGAGAGAAGAGACUACUUGGUAACAGUGCCUGAAGACACCUCCCCCGGCACUCAAGUCCUAUCUGUGUUUGCCACCAGCAAGGAUAUUGGCACAAAUGCUGAGAUCACGUAUUUCAUCCGGUCUGGGAAUGAACAAGCGAAAUUUAGAAUCAACCCAAAGACAGGGGGGAUCUCUGUCUCUGAAGUACUGGACUAUGAAUUAUGCAAAAAGUUUUACCUGGUUGUGGAAGCCAAAGAUGGGGGCACCCCAGCCCUGAGCACUGUGACUACAGUUAGUAUCAACCUCACAGAUGUGAAUGACAAUCCUCCCAAAUUCAGCCAAGACAUCUACAGUGCAGUCAUCAGCGAGGACGCCUUAAUCGGAGACUCGGUCACUUUGCUAAUAGCAGAAGAUGUGGACAGCCAGCCCAAUGGACAGAUUCAUUUUUCCAUUGUGAAUGGAGAUCGAGACAAUGAAUUUGCUGUAGAUCCUGUCCUGGGACUUGUUAAGGUUAAGAAAAAAUUGGAUCGAGAACGGGUGUCUGGAUACUCCUUGCUUGUCCAGGCAGCAGACAGUGGAGUCCCUGCCAUGUCGUCAACAGCAACUGUCAACAUAGAUAUUUCUGAUGUGAAUGACAACAGCCCAGUCUUCACACCUGCUAACUAUACUGCUGUGAUUCAGGAAAAUAAACCAGUAGGCACCAGCAUUUUGCAGCUGGUGGUGACAGACAGAGACUCCUUCCACAAUGGGCCUCCAUUCACAUUCUCUAUUUUGGCGGGAAAUGAAGAGGAGGAGUUUAUAUUGGACCCACAUGGGGUCCUGAGGUCAGCUGUGGUCUUCAGACACACGGAGUCCCCCGAGUAUGUGCUGUGUGUCCAGGCGAAGGACUCAGGAAAACCCCAGCAAGUUUCUCAUUCCUACAUCCGUGUGCGGGUCAUUGAGGAAAGUAUCCACAAACCCACUGCCAUCCCCUUGGAGAUUUUCAUUGUCACCAUGGAGGAUGAUUUUCCUGGUGGGGUCAUUGGGAAGAUCCAUGCCACAGACCAAGACGUGUAUGAUGUGCUCACAUAUGCCUUGAAAUCGGAGCAGAAAAGCUUGUUUAAAGUCAACAGUCAUGAUGGGAAAAUCAUUGCCCUGGGCGGCCUGGACAGUGGCAAGUAUGUCCUGAAUGUCUCAGUAAGUGACGGCCGCUUCCAGGUGCCUAUUGAUGUGGUCGUGCAUGUGGAACAGCUGGUGCAUGAGAUGCUGCAGAACACCGUCACCAUCCGCUUCGAGAAUGUGUCCCCUGAGGACUUUGUGGGACUGCACAUGCUGGGCUUCCGGCGUACCCUGCGUAAUGCAGUUCUCUCCCAGAAACAGGACAGCCUGCACAUCAUCAGCAUCCAGCCGGUGGUGGGUACCAACCAGCUGGAUAUGCUGUUUGCAGUAGAGAUGCAUAGUAGUGAGUUCUACAAGCCGGCCUACUUGAUCCAGAAGCUGUCCAAUGCCCGCAGAUACCUGGAGAAUGUCAUGCGCAUCUCUGCCAUCCUGGAGAAGAACUGCUCGGGGCUGGACUGUCAGGAACAGCACUGUGAGCAAGGCUUGUCUCUGGAUUCUCACGCACUCAUGACCUACAGCACAGCUCGUAUCAGCUUUGUUUGCCCGCGUUUCUACAGGAACGUGCGCUGCACCUGUAACGGAGGACUGUGCCCAGGGUCCAACGAUCCUUGUGUGGAGAAGCCGUGCCCAGGGGAUAUGCAGUGUGUUGGUUAUGAAGCCAGCAGGAGACCAUUCCUCUGCCAGUGUCCACCAGGAAAGCUUGGAGAGUGCUCAGGGCACACUUCUCUCAGCUUUGCUGGAAACAGUUACAUCAAAUACAGACUUUCUGAAAAUAGCAAAGAAGAGGACUUUAAGCUAUCUCUGCGUCUGCGAACUCUACAAAGCAACGGGAUUAUAAUGUACACCAGAGCAAAUCCCUGCAUAAUUCUGAAGAUUGUGGACGGCAAGCUAUGGUUCCAGUUGGACUGUGGCAGCGGCCCGGGCAUCUUGGGCAUCUCAGGUCGCGCUGUCAACGACGGAAGCUGGCACUCAGUCUUCCUGGAACUCAAUCGCAACUUCACGAGUCUGUCCCUGGAUGACAGCUAUGUGGAGCGGCGCAGGGCACCCCUCUACUUCCAGAAGCUAAGCACCGAGAGUACCAUCUACUUCGGGGCCCUGGUACAGGCAGAUAACAUCCGCAGUCUGACAGAUACACGGGUCACACAGGUGCUGAGCGGUUUCCAGGGAUGCCUCGACUCCGUGAUGCUCAACAACAAUGAGCUGCCUCUCCAGAACAAACGCAGCAGCUUCGCCGAGGUCGUGGGCCUGACAGAGCUGAAACUGGGCUGCGUGCUCUAUCCUGACGCCUGUGAGCGCAGCCCGUGCCAGCCGGGGGGCAGCUGCACCAGCCUUCCCUCUGGGGGCUAUCAGUGUACCUGUCUCUCACAGUUCACCGGGAGAAACUGUGAAUCCGAGAUCACAGCCUGCUUCCCAAACCCCUGCCGGAAUGGAGGAUCAUGUGACCCAGUUGGAAACACUUUCAUCUGCAAUUGUAAAGAUGGGCUCACUGGAGUCACGUGUGAAGAGGACAUCAAUGAGUGUGAGCGAGAGGAGUGUGAGAACGGGGGCUCUUGCGUCAACUUGUUUGGCUCCUUCCUCUGCAACUGCACGCCAGGCUUCGUGGGCCAGUACUGCGGGCUGCGUCCCGUGGUGGUGCCCAAUAUCCAGGCUGGCCACUCCUACGUAGGGAAGGAGGAGCUUAUUGGAAUCGCAGUGGUGCUCUUCGUCAUCUUCAUCUUGAUCGUCCUCUUCAUCGUCUUCCGCAAGAAGGUUUUCCGUAAGAACUACUCGCGGAACAACAUCACGCUGGUCCAGGACCCUGCCACAGCUGCCCUCCUCAACAAGAGCAAUGGCAUCCCAUUCCGGAACCUAAGGGGCGGUGGCGAUGGUCGCAAUGUCUACCAGGAGGUGGGCCCCCCACAGGUCCCCGUGCGCCCCAUGGCCUACACCCCAUGCUUCCAGAGCGACUCCAGGAGUAACCUGGAUAAGAUUGUGGAUGGGCUGGGGGGCGAACACCAGGAAAUGACUACAUUCCACCCUGAGUCACCCCGCAUCCUGACAGCCAGGCGAGGUGUGGUCGUGUGUAGUGUGGCCCCCAACCUCCCAGCAGUGUCACCAUGUCGAUCGGACUGUGAUUCCAUCCGGAAGAAUGGCUGGGAUGCAGGAACUGAAAACAAAGGAGUUGAUGACUCAGGAGAAGUAACCUGCUUUGCAGGCAGUAAUAAAGGCAGCAACUCGGAAGUUCAGUCCCUCAGCUCCUUCCAGUCGGAUUCUGGUGAUGACAAUGCCUAUCAUUGGGAUACCUCUGACUGGAUGCCUGGGGCCCGCCUGUCAGACAUAGAGGAAGUACCCCACUAUGAGAACCAGGAUGGAAGCUCUGCACACCAGGGCAGCACCCGGGAGUUGGAGAGUGAUUACUACCUGGGCGGCUAUGACAUCGACAACGAAUACCCACCCCCUCAUGAAGAGGAGUUCUUGAGUCAGGACCAGCUGCCCCCUCCUCUGCCAGAGGACUUCCCAGACCAAUAUGAGGCCCUGCCGCCCUCCCAGCCUGUAUCACUGGCCAGCACACUGAGUCCAGACUGCAGGAGAAGGCCACAGUUCCAUCCUAGCCAAUACCUCCCUCCUCACCCAUUCCCUAACGAAACAGAUUUGGUGGGCCCACCUGCCAUAUGUGAAUUUAGUACUUUUGCCGUGAGCAUGAACCAGGGCACAGAAGCCACGGGACCAGCAGACAGUGUGUCUUUACCCUUGCACAAUUCCAGAGGUACCUCAUCCUCGGAUGUGUCGGCCAACUGCGGCUUUGAUGAUGCCGAAGUAGCCAUGAGUGACUACGAGAGCGUCGGGGAGCUCAGCCUCACCAGCCUUCACAUUCCAUUUAUGGAGACUCAGCACCAGACCCAAGUGUAA